AUAUCUGUUUGCCGUUUUUUCUUAAAAUCAAGUAGUAUUGUUUUUGUGUUAUAUAUUUCACUUUCUAAGUACACAUACAAAAACAUUACAUAUUUAUUAUAAUUUUACAUUUUAAUUAUGAUUAAAAUGUGCAAAUAUCUUAUUUUACGCUAUGUUUUUUGUUUAUAAUCAAUAUGACUAUAUUAUGAUAAUUUACUUGAAAAUAGAUAAAAAAAUAUUUUCAAUUUCUAAUCAUAAAAAAAAAAAUAAAAAAUAAAAAUACAACUUUAAAUAACGUGAAAAAUAUUUUGAGAAAUCUAUAGAUGUUUGAGAACCACUGAGAAUGCACGAGGAUCGCUGUAUUUCAUCAUUCACCAAUUUUUAUGAAAUUAAGAACUAUGGCAUCAUUUGUGGUACCGGUUGCAACGAGAUUUACUCGUGUCACGAUUGAUAGUUUGCACAAUAUAAAUAAAAAUAUUUUACUUAGGUUAAUUCAACCAUCACAUGUUUCUUGGCAAAGACAAGAGUAUAGUACAAUUACAGAAGAACAGAAGUCAGAAAGUGGAGAACCAGUAUUGGAACUUACAGAAAAUGAAAGGAAAUUAAAAGCAGAUAUUGAACUUAUUAAUAAGGAAUUAAUGGAUCUUAAAAAUCAUAAAAAUGAAUUAGAAGACAAAUAUAAAAGAGCACUUGCCGAUGGAGAAAAUCUUAGAGUUAGAUUAAACAAACAAAUUCUAGAUGCAAAAAUGUUUGGUAUUCAAGGUUUUUGUAAGGAUCUCUUAGAAGUAGCAGACAUUUUAGGCAAAGCUACAGAAAGUGUACCUAAAAAUGAACUCACAGAAAAAAAUCCACAUUUAAAAACAUUAUAUGAAGGUUUAAAAAUGACAGAAGCACAGUUACAUAAAGUAUUUAAAAAACAUGGUUUAGUUUCGCUAAAUCCUCUGAAUGAAAAGUUUGAUCCUAAUCAACAUGAAGCAUUAUUUCAACAGGAAGUUGAAGGUAAAGAACCAGGAACAAUUGUAGUUGUAUCUAAAUUGGGUUAUAAAUUACAUGAACGAGUAGUAAGACCAGCAUUGGUUGGUGUUGCAAAAGGAUAAUUCAUGGUUAUGUUAAUUAAAAUGGGAUUAAAUGCAAUCUCAUAAAAGGUACCCGUGAAUGAAAUAUUGGCAAAUAUAUAUUGUAAUUAAAAUUGAAAUGUAAUACAUCAAAGUAUGAAUGUCAUACAAUUGAUAGAAAAAAAAAAGAACAAAUUUUAUGAAAAAUAAAUUUAUUCUUAUUAGGUUUAAAAAUAUAUAUAAUAUACAUACAAAUUUUUAUGUUUCUUUAAUUAACAUAAAUAGAUUUAUAUGUAAUGAAACAAA